UUAUACAGCUCCGAUCUCAUGAACUGAAGCUGUGUUUCUUCCCAUACACACGCUCACACCCUUCCUUGGUCCUAACGGCUCUCCAACCGCCCACGUUUCUCUUCACACCCUCUUCACUCUACAUAAAUUCCAUUAUUCCCUUCUUCUCUCCUCAGGCUCACACACCCCCAUUUCCUCUCUUUUUUUGAUUCUGAAUAAUAAUAAUAAUAAUAAUAAUAAUGUUCUCUCCAAUUUCCGACCACCAGAUCCCCCACGCGCCGCCUCUCCUCCCUCCUCCUCCUCCGCCGCUGCAUCUCCAGCGGAAAUGGAAGCCCCACCUCGAAGCCGCCCCCAAUUGCCCCCGCUGCGCCUCCGCCAACACCAAGUUCUGUUACUACAACAACUACAGCCUCUCCCAGCCCAGAUACUUCUGUAAAGCCUGCCGCCGCUACUGGACCAAGGGCGGCUCCCUCCGUAACGUCCCCGUCGGCGGUGGCUGCCGCAAGGCCCGCCGCGCCAAAUCCUCCCUGCCACGUCCCCACUCCUCCGACCGGCUAAAUCCAAAUUCCACUAAAUCUGACGAUGCCAGCUCAUCCAGUACUGGAUCUGACAUCGAUCUCGCCGCCGUUUUCGCCCGAUUCUUGAACUCCGACGACUCGCCCCCCACUGGGCCCCACGCGUUGACCAGCUCCCCAUUGCCCGAUAAUCUGACGCCGGAGAGCAAUUCCGAGAUCUUCUUCGACGGGCUCUCCGAUUUAAUUCUCGACGAGCAACACAAAAAACAGGAAAUUACGGGAAAUAAUUACCAGAAUUUCCCAUUUGAAUUGGGCGUAGAUGAUGAUGAACUAUGGCCGGAAUUGGAAUUGGAGCCGUUUGCGAAUUGUCACGUGCGGGUCACGGACCAGUUCUGCCAAGUUGGGGAUAAUUGGAGCUCCUUCGACAUCCCACCUGGUUUUGAGGUUCUUUCCACGCCGUAAAUAUAUAUAAUUCUCCAAUAAUAUUUACAUCAUAUACAUUUUUCCAUCUUAUUCUUCCGUCAAACAAAAAAAUUAAAAUAUAUAUAUAUAUUGAUACCAAGAAAUUUUCCAUGCUAGAUAUAUAGUACAUGGGAUUAUAUUCCA